UUUUCAGCCGAGCGGACUCCCACUUUUCGAGGAGCCGAAUGUGUUUUGAUUUUCCUAACCCUUUUUUGAAAAAUGCAACUAGUGUAACGUAAAGUUCCCGCUAUAAAAUAUAAGCCACCGUUAGCGAGUGCUUGUUGUGUGUGUGAGUGAGAAAGAACGAUUCUAGGAUUCUAGCAUCAUGAAAAUGCAACAACAAAGCGCCUUGUUUUUGUUGCUGUUGGCUGUGACGUCGCAAGGAGCAGCCAGCGCAGACGCCGACGUCGCUGCAGCGCCGGAGUCCAAUUGGAAUGACAAAAUCAAAGUGUUCACUGUGGCCACUGAACCCACCGAUGGAUAUCUCCGGUAUCUCCGAUCUUCACGCGUCUACGACAUUGAGGUGACUACUCUGGGACUGGGCGAAGAAUGGAAAGGAGGGGAUAUGCAAAGACUCGGAGGCGGUUUCAAGCUUAAUCUUCUCCGCGAAGCCAUUGCGCCCUAUAAAAAUGAUCCUGAAAUAAUAAUCCUAUUUACAGACAGUUACGAUGUGAUCAUUACGAGUACGCUGGAUGAGAUUUAUGAAAAGUUCCAAGAGUCGGGAGCCAAGCUGCUCGUCUCAGCCGAGAAAUAUUGCUGGCCCGAUCAAAGUCUGGCCAACGAUUAUCCCGAAGUGGAGGGCAGGGCCUCAAGGUUCCUCAACUCCGGCGCUUUUAUUGGAUAUGCCCCACAAGUUUACGGGCUCCUGGAGGAUCCCAUUGAAGACUCUGCUGACGAUCAGCUCUAUUUUACCAAGAUUUUCCUCGACGAGACCAAACGCGCCAAGCUGGGCAUGAAGUUAGACACCCAAUCCCGGCUAUUCCAAAACCUGCAUGGUGCCAAGAACGAUGUGAAGCUUAAAGUGGAUCUCGAGAGCAAUCAGGGUGUUCUACAGAAUGUGGAUUUCAUGACCACGCCGGCCAUCAUCCAUGGCAACGGACUGAGCAAGGUGGAUCUGAAUGCAUAUGGCAACUAUUUGGCCAGGACCUACAACGGCGUCUGCCUGUUUUGUCAGGAAAACCUCUUGGACUUGGAUGAGACAGACCUUCCUGUUAUUUCUUUGGCCCUGAUUGUCACGCAACCCGUGCCUUUCUUCGACCAGUUCCUCGAAGGCAUCGAGAAACUGAACUAUCCCAAGGAAAAGCUCCACUUGCUCAUCUUCAGCAAUGUCCCCUUCCACGACGAUGACAGCAAGUCAUUUGUGAGCAAACAUGGCGAGAAGUACGCCACUGCCAAAUAUGUUCUUUCCACGGAUAAGUUGGACGAACGCCAAGGCAGGCAGUUGGCCCUGGACAAAGCUCGACUCCAUCACAGCGAUUACAUAUUUUACGUGGACGCAGAUGCGCACAUUGACGAUAGCGAGGUGCUCCGGGAGCUGCUCAGGAUGAACAAGCAAUUCAUUGGGCCGCUUUUCACCAAGCACAACGAGUUGUGGAGCAACUUCUGGGGCGCCCUUUCCGAGGGAGGUUACUACGCUAGGUCACAUGAUUACGUGGACAUCGUAAAGAACGAACUGAUUGGAAUGUUCAACGUGCCCCAUGUGACCAGUAUUUACCUGGUGAAGAAGUCUGCCUUCAAUGCCAUCUCCUUCAAGCACAACGAAUUCGACCCCGACAUGGCCAUGUGUGAGUCACUGCGGAAUGCGGGCAUCUUCAUGUAUAUAAGCAAUCUGCGCUCGUUCGGUCACUUGGUCAACGCCGAUAACUUCAAUAGUACGGUGACACGUCCGGACUUCCAUACGCUGUUCAGCAACCGGUUGGAUUGGACCGAGAAGUACAUACACCCGAACUACUCGCUCCAGCUGAACAACAGCUACAAGAUACCGCAGCCGUGUCCGGAUGUCUUCUGGUUCCAGAUCGUGACGGACGCGUUCUGCGACGAUUUGGUGGCCAUUAUGGAGGCGCACAACAGCUGGUCAGACGGCAGCAACUCGGACAACCGGCUGGAGGGCGGCUACGAGGCGGUGCCCACCAGGGACAUCCACAUGAAGCAGGUGGGCUUGGACCAGAUGUAUCUCAAGUUCCUCCAGCUGUUCGUUCGCCCGCUGCAGGAGCGAGUCUUCGAUGGCUACGUUCACAAUCCUCCCCGAUCGCUUAUGAACUUCAUGGUGCGCUAUCGGCCGGAUGAACAGCCUUCCCUGCGACCCCACCACGACGCCUCUACCUACACAAUCAACAUCGCCAUGAACAGGGCGGGAGUGGAUUACGAGGGCGGCGGCUGUCGCUUCCUGAGGUACAACUGCUCCGUGACCGACACCAAGAAGGGAUGGAUGCUGAUGCAUCCGGGACGACUGACCCACUACCACGAGGGUCUGCUCGUGACCAAUGGCACUCGCUACAUCAUGAUUUCCUUCAUCGAUCCCUGAAGGAGCUACUUUAAGAUAUACUCUUUAUCAAACUGCCAUAUUGGCCACUCCAAAGAACUGCAUACUAAGCCCAAUGAACGAUUUGUGCCGAUGGAAUUGCGGCAUCAGCCUUCUGUUUCUGAUGAUUUUACAUACUAUUUUGAGAUCGAUAGCUUUAGGUUCCCCCGACGAAUCUGUUGCAGCCUUAAGUUAAUUGUAAGCUUUUUUACCAAGUGCAAAGUGUUCAAUUUUUGACUAAAUAAAUUAAUUCAAUUAUUCAUUA